AGUCACAUGACACAGGUCCCUGAUCACGUGACCGCAGCAUACAAAACACUCCUCGUUCCUUUCUUUCUACAUGUGUUUACAACGUUCUUAUACCUCAGUGGUUUGUGGAGGAGAUGGAAGUCAACAUGAACACAUUGCUGGCAGCAGGGCUUCUACUGCUUUUCGCUAUGCCCGGCGAACUUUACAGAAUCCCUCCGCACGAGGAAGUCGCCAGGAUGGCUAGAUUCGUCGCCAACCAGUGCAACUGGGCUUCCAUGGCCACAAUAUCGACCCAUGAGCCAGUGCAAGGACAACCCUUCUCCAAUGCGUUCUCUACCAGUGACGGGCCAGUUGGGUCUGGGACUGGGGUGCCCUACAUGUACCUCACCACUAUGGAGAUCUCUGUCCAGGAUUUAAUGGUGAACCCCCAGGCUUCCUUGUCCAUGUCCCUGGCCCAGACAGACUUCUGUAAGAACCAAGGAUACGACCCUCAGGAUCCCCUUUGUGCCCACAUCAUCUUCUCCGGCUCUGUGCUGGAGAUUAACGGUACAGAGGCCACCUUUGCCAAGAAAGCCCUGUUCAGCCGCCACCCUGAGAUGGUCGACUGGCCCACCGACCACAACUGGUUCUUUGCCAAGAUGAACAUCACCAAAGUGUGGGUUCUGGACUACUUUGGAGGGGUGAAGACAGUCACCCCAGAAGACUACUUCAAGGCUACACCCUACAAGGCUACACCCUACAAGGCUACACCCUACAAGGCUACACCCUACAAGGCUACACCCUACAAGGCUACACCCUACAAGGCUACACCACUGAGAGGACACCACAGUCAGUUUGAUGCGGAGGAAUCGUACGUUUUCCGUAGGGAUCUAGAGGGCAGGGGAUGAUGGACCCAAUAUUUGGAAUGAUGAAGCCAUUUUUUUUUGUUAAUUCCAACUAAAUUUGCUCAAUAAUGGCCAUUUGCUGAAUUCCAAAUAAUGUAAUAUCUACUGGGGUGUCUGUGGGGGAAGGGGAUGGUUUGGAAUUCAGUUUCUCUCUUAUGCUUCCAAUUGAAAUGUAUGGCUAUAGGGAUGGAUCUCUGUGUGUAAUUGCAUGAGUGAGCAGGUUAUACCCUUUAGGAAGCUCUCUUGUUGUGCAAUAUAAUUAUUUUAAGAAGGACUGCCUUCAUUGUUAGGGAGUUCAUUUGGCUUUUGUAGUUAUAAGAAAGAAUUGAUGGCAUCACUCUCCCAUGUGAGCAGUCAUAUGCAGUGUUGUAUUUUUACCACAAGAGGGGGAGGUGUGAGGCUUGGUACAGACAGAAGCAACUGGCUUGAAGGGUAGUUUGACCAAAUUACAUCUGUUGUAGUAUGGAGGUGAUUUUAUUUGUAAUGCCAUUUGGGGUAUGCCAACAAGGGUACCACCACUCUAUUGCUUUUGGACAAUGCCACCAAUAAGCUGUAGCAAGGUAAUCAAACCCACAUUCUGGGUGGCAGACGCUAGCUCCAUAGAAUACCUUUUUAAUGUAGGUAUCCAUCAUAUUACAAUACGUUGUAAUUUGGGUGAACCAUUUCUUUAAAGCAAAGGAAAAACAUGACGCUCUUGUUGAAUUAAAUUGUGUGUUAUAGUUAGUGGUAUGUGUUGAUUAUGAAGCAUUGCACUUGUCAUCUACAAAUCCAUUUCUCAUUUUACAAGUAAACCUUUUUUAGUCUAGUCUUCAUUUAAUCAGUUUGGGUCUAAUUCAAUUUCAUGCCAAAAUAUAACUAAAUAUGACAUGCAAAAUGUAUUCAGUUUUACAACUUCACUUCUGAUUUUUGCUGGAAUUUAAAUACAUUCUUUGUAUAUUGUCUACGUGAAAUAAGUAUUUUAUAUAUAUAUAUAUAUAUAUGCUACUCUAUUCUAAAAAAAAACCCAUCAGUGCCUGAAAUGGCUUCAUAACAUUUUCUGAUCACCACCUGUAAAACAAACUGAUUGAGGUUUUGAUGCUGACACGAUACAUAUUUUUGUAAACAAAUUGAUGAUUUGUAUAAAUAAAGCUAUAUUUUGUAUGUGCA